CCUUUGUCUGACAAGUCAUCCAUCUCCCGGCGCGGGGAGGCGGAGGGGGUCUGGAGGGGGCUUUGCAGCUUUUAGAGAGACACACACCGGGAGCCCAGGCUCCAGUCUCCGGCCGAGUCUUCUCGCAGCCGCAACCCACCUGGGGCCAGCCCUGGGCUGCCAACGCAGCUAGGCUCCCUCCCUCCCUCCCUCCCUCCCGGCCCUUCGGCGGAGGCACCUUGCGCCAGCCUUUUCUGGGGGCGGGGGCCCGGCCCGCGCGCUCCCCUCUCGUAGGCGCCCGCUCGGACAUCCCCGGGAUUGCUACUUCUCUGCCAACUUCGCCAACUCGCCAGCACUUGGAGAGGCCCGGCUUCCCUUCCGGUGCCCUCGGGCCACCCCCGCCCCGCUCGCUCUCGGACAACCGCCUCUUGGAUGACCGGGUUCCAGGGGAGCUGAGCGAGUCGCCUCCCCUGCCCGGCUUCAGCCCUGGCUGCAGCCGCCGCAGGAGCCAUGCGCCCCCAGUGCCCCCCGGCCCGGCCCACCGCCCCGGGGCCACUCUGCUGACCGCCCGGCCCCGAGUCCCAACGGUGGCAAGUUGCGGCUACUGCAGUUGGAAGCUCCGGCCAGCCCGGAGGAACCCCCACGGGGAGCGCAGCACUGCGCCCCUCGCCCCCGCGCGCCUCGCAGCAGCUGGGCGCUCACUCACCCUCCCUCCCCCACCAUCCCUCCCUUUUCUCCUCAAGUCCUGAAGUUGAGUUUGCGAGGCGACACGGCGGCGGCGGCCGCGCUGCUCCCGCUCCUCUGCCUCCCCAUGGAUAUGCACUGCAAAGCAGACCCCUUCUCCGCGAUGCACCCAGGGCACGGGGGUGUGAACCAGCUCGGGGGGGUGUUUGUGAACGGCCGGCCCCUACCCGACGUGGUGAGGCAGCGCAUCGUGGAGCUGGCCCACCAGGGUGUGCGACCCUGUGACAUCUCCCGGCAGCUGCGGGUCAGCCACGGCUGUGUCAGCAAAAUCCUGGGCAGGUACUACGAGACGGGCAGCAUCAAGCCGGGUGUCAUCGGUGGCUCCAAGCCCAAAGUGGCGACACCCAAAGUGGUGGACAAGAUUGCUGAAUACAAGAGACAGAACCCGACUAUGUUCGCCUGGGAGAUCCGAGACCGGCUCCUGGCUGAGGGCAUCUGUGACAAUGACACAGUGCCCAGCGUCUCUUCCAUCAACAGAAUCAUCCGGACCAAAGUUCAGCAGCCUUUCCACCCAACGCCGGAUGGGGCUGGGACAGGAGUGACCGCCCCUGGCCACACCAUUGUUCCCAGCACGGCCUCCCCUCCUGUUUCCAGCGCCUCCAAUGACCCAGUGGGAUCCUACUCCAUCAAUGGGAUCCUGGGGAUUCCUCGCUCCAACGGUGAGAAGAGGAAACGUGAUGAAGAUGUGUCCGAGGGCUCAGUCCCCAAUGGAGAUUCCCAGAGUGGUGUGGACAGUUUGCGGAAGCACUUGCGAGCAGACACCUUCACCCAGCAGCAGCUGGAAGCUUUGGAUCGGGUCUUUGAGCGUCCUUCCUAUCCUGACGUCUUCCAGGCAUCAGAGCACAUCAAAUCAGAACAGGGGAACGAGUACUCCCUCCCAGCCCUGACCCCUGGGCUUGAUGAAGUCAAGUCAAGUCUAUCUGCAUCCACCAACCCUGAGCUGGGCAGUAAUGUGUCAGGCACACAGACAUAUCCUGUUGUGACCGGUCGUGACAUGGCGAGCACCACUCUGCCUGGUUACCCCCCUCACGUGCCCCCCACUGGCCAGGGAAGCUACCCCACCUCCACCCUGGCAGGAAUGGUGCCUGGGAGCGAGUUCUCCGGCAACCCGUACAGCCACCCCCAGUACACGGCCUACAACGAGGCUUGGAGAUUCAGCAACCCCGCCUUACUAAGUUCCCCUUAUUAUUAUAGUGCCGCCCCCCGGGGCUCCGCCCUGCCGCUGCUGCCGCUGCCUAUGACCGCCACUAGUUACCGCGGGGACCACAUCAAGCUUCAGGCCGACAGCUUCGGCCUCCACAUCGUCCCGGUCUGACCCCACCCCGGAGGGAGGGAGGACCGACGCGACGCGAAGCCUCCCGGCCACCGCCCCAGCCUGACCCCCAUCCCAGGACCCCUGCAACCCUUCACAUCACCCCCUCGAAGGCCGGACAGGACGGGUGGAGCCGCAGGCGGGACCCUCAGGACCGGGCCCGCGGCCCCCAGCCCCGCCCGCCGCCCCUCCCCGCCUGCCUGGACUGCGCGGCGCCGCGAGGGGAACUCGGCCCAGCUCGCCCCCCGCCUCCCGCGAGCGAGCCCCGGAGCCCUUCAGCCACCUCAUGGGACUAGGGCGCGACCCGCUGGCGCGCGCCGGAUGUUUCUGUGACACACAAUCAGCGCGGACCGCAGCGCCGCCCAGCCGGGACACCCGCCUCGGACUCUCGGGCGCCGGGAGGUUGGAGGGGCUGGGCAAAGGAGAUUAAGAACAAAACGAUUUUCUGCAUAAGGAGGAAGAACCCCCUGCCGAAUCCUUGGGGAAAAUUAUUUACCCCCAGUGCCAGCCGGACUGCCCCCGCCUUCUGUGUGUGCCCUGCCGCAGAAAGUGGAAUGUGGGCGUGGGGGUCCGGCGCUAGGAACGGGCUUUGGGGGCGUCAGGUCUUUCCAAGGUUGGGACCCCAGGAGGGCGGGCCCCAGCAGCCAGCACCGACCGAGCCCGACUCUCCGCUCUUCGCCGCUCCGCCUGGACUACCUAGUUCCCCAAGGCCCGACACCUGCUGCUGCGUGACCCGGCUUUCAACCCUGCCUUGCCCCUACCUCAGCGUCUCUUCCACCUGCUGGCCUCCCAGUUUCCCCUCCUGCCAGUCCUUCGCCCGUCCCUCGACGCCCUGCAUCCUCCGCCCUAACUCACAGCCCGAUCGGACGCUCCCCCCGGCCCGCCGCAGGACCAGUGUCCACAGGCCGCGGACUGGGCUCUUCCUCCGGCAGUUACUUGAUGCCCCCUCCCCCGACACAGACUCAAUCUGCGGGUGGAGAGAGCCGGUUCUGAGCUGGUGUCUGAGCUGCUGCGGGGUGGAAGUUGGGGGCUGCCCACUCCACUCCUCCCACCUCUUCCAACCUCCGCCUCUGGCAGGAGCUGAACAGAACCACAAAAAGUCUACAUUUAUUUAAUAUGAUGGUCUUUGCAAAAAGGAACAAAACACCACAAAAGCCCACCAGGCUGCUGCUUUGUAGAAAGACGGUGUGUGUUGUGUGAAGGCGAACCCCGGUGUACAUAAGCCCUCCCCCUCCGCCCCGCCCCGCCGCGCCCGACCCCGUAGAGUCCCUGUCGCCCACCGACCCUGCCUGUAGAUACGCCCCGCUGUCUGUGCUGUGAGAGUCGCCGCUCGCUGGGGGGGGAGGGGGGGACACAGCUACACGCCCACUAAAGCACAGCACGUCCCGGGGGAGGGGGUCAUUUUUUAUGUUACAAAAAAAAAAAUUACGAAAGAAAAGAAAUCUCUAUGCAAAAUGACGAAUAUGGUCCUGUGGACUCCUCUGGCCUGUUUUGUUGGCUCUUUCUCUGUAAUUCCGUGUUUUCGCUUUUUCCUCCCUGCCCGUCUCUCCCCCUGCCCCUCUCUCCUCUCCGCUUAUCUCGCCCUCUGUCUCUGUCUCUCUCCGUCUCUGUCGCUCGUCUCUCUGUCUCUGCUUCUUCCUCGGCUUCUCUUCCCAGCCCCGGCCAGGCCGCCCUGGCCCCGCAGGCUGGAUCCGAGGUGGCAGCUCCAGCCCCCGGGCUCGCCCCCUCGCGGCCGAGCCCCGCGCGCCCCCGGCGGCCAAAGGCCGGGCAGUCCCUCCCCACCCCGCCCCGUAGUUGCUCUUUCGGUAGUGGCGAUGCGCCCUGCAUGUCUCCUCACCCGUGGAUCGUGACGACUCGAAAUAACAGAAACAAAGUCAAUAAAAGUGAAAAUAAAUAAAUAAAAAUCCUUGAACAAAUCCGAAAAGGCUUGGAGUCCUCGCCCAGAUCUCUCUCCCCUUCGAGCCUUUUUAUUUGAAAAGGAAAAAGAGAAAAGAGAAUCGUUUAAGGGAACCCGGCGCCCAGCCAGCUCCAGUGGCCCCAACCGGGCGGCGAGGGCGCCGAGGUCCUGCCCAUCCCAGUCCUGUGAGGCUGGCCGGGCAGAGGCCCCGGACCCAGCCCAGGCUAACCUGUGAAAGGUCACCGGACGGUUCUGGUCUCCUCGGCCACUUUCAGCGCGUCGGUUCGUUUUGAUUCUUUUUCUUUUGUGCACAUAAGAAAUAAAUAAUAAUAAUAAAUAAUAAAAUUUUGUAUGUCA